GCCCCAAGGGGGGGGGAGAGGGGGGGAAAGGAAGAGUCACUUCUUGCCCAGCUCACAAGGUGCCUGAGCAGAGGAGCUGCCUGGCUGGUCCCUUCCUCCUCCUCUCCCUCCUCCUCCUCCUCCUCCUCUUCCUCCUGGGCUCGCCUUCAUCUCCGCCAGCGCUCGCGGGCCUCUCUCCUCCGCAGCCAUGCCCAACUUCGCCGGCACUUGGAAGAUGAAGAGCAGCGAGAAUUUCGACGAGCUGCUGAAAGUCUUGGGUGUCAAUGCCAUGCUGAGGAAAGUGGCCGUGGCAGCUGCCUCCAAGCCACACGUGGAGAUCCGCCAGGAUGGGGACCAGUUCUACAUCAAAACCUCCACCACGGUCCGCACCACCGAGAUCAACUUCAAAGUUGGGGAGAGCUUCGAGGAAGAGACGGUGGACGGCCGGAAAUGCCGGAGUUUAGCCACUUGGGAGAAUGAGAACAAGAUCUAUUGCAAGCAGACACUUCUGGAAGGAGCGGGUCCCAAGACAUACUGGACACGAGAACUGGCUGGCGAGGAGCUGAUUUUGACCUUUGGUGCGGACGAUGUGGUAUGCACAAGAAUUUACAUAAGGGAGUGAAAAAGGCCAGCAAGAAUGGCGCAGCGGGGAAGACGGAAGCAACGGAUUAACAAGCAGAUGUUGUGAAAAACCCUGCACCCAUCAACAUCUGUGUGUGUGUGUGUGUGUGUUGCCAUGUAGGCAGCCUCGUAUGUGACUGUGCAUGCCAUCCUGAAUCCCAGUUGACCGUCCCGUACCUCUUUGAUAACAAGCCCUAGUCCCCUUAGAAUUCUCGCUCUUUUUCUCUCCCUCCACCCCGUCCCCUUUUCUUUGUAUUUUGUAGUGACACAUUUCUAUGAUUUGAGCAGUAAUUAAAGUUUAUUGGAUAUAAUUCCCAA